AUGACUAAUCAACAAGAAAACGAAUAUGAACCAUUAUCUUUAACAUCAGAAGAAAAUUUAUUAAAAUUCGAUACACUAACAUUACCACAACUUGCAACUCGAUCAAGUCAAACAUUAUCAACUAUUAUUGAAAAUUCCACACAAAUAACCACAACUAAUUCAAUGUCAUUAACAAAUAUAGAAAAAGAAUUUGAUUUUAUACAAGACAUAAAAUCUAAUCGAAUAUUAUCUUCACUUCAUUCUAUUGAAUUAUCAUCAUUAACAGAUUCUAAUCAUAUUUCAUCUAUACAUUAUAAUGAUUCAUCAUCAUUAGAAGAUCAAGAAAUAAAUGAAACAAAACCAUCUUUAUCUGAUAUAACAAAUAGUUUAAAUCGUAAAAUAUCAUUGUCAGAAUCUGAUUUACUUGCAUCAUUACAUCGAAGUAUAAAUAAACAACAAAUAACAGAUAGUCAAUCAGAUAAUGAUAUAACAGAUGAUAUACUUUUUCUUGAAUGGGAUAAAGAACGAACUUUAUUUCAAGAUUAUAUUAAUUCAUUACGCAAAGAAAUUCGUGUUCUUUUACAAGAACGUUUAGAUUAUCAAACAGAAACUCAUACUGAAUAUAAACAUAUUAAUGAUAAUCAAACAAAAAUUGAUUUAUUACAAAAAUCAUUAGAAGAAAAAAAUUUUGUUAUUGAACAAUUACAAAUUGAAUAUGAAUUAAUGAAAGAAAAAAAUACAAAUUUAUCACGUAAAAUAUCUAAUUUAGAAUCUGAUAGUAAAUCACAUAUUAAUAUUAUUAAUGAAUUAAAACAAAAUCUAGCUGAUUUAACUGUUGAUUUACAAAAUCAUAGACUUAUUAAACGACGUUUAGAAAUGUCAAUUAAUAAUCUUGAAAGUAAUUGUCAACUUCUUGAUACUGAACGUAUCAAAUUAACAAAUGAUAUUAAAGAAAAUCAACAUAGUAAACAAGAUUUAGAAAAAUUAUUACAAAAAGCUAAUGUGCGAAUUGCUGAACAAGGUUCAACAAUUGAAAUGCUUCGUUCGGAAAAUGUUCAAGUACGUUCACAAUUAUCAACAAUUCAACGUCGAAUGUUUCAAGAAAAACAACAAAUAAUGGAUUAUUUACGUCAAAUUGAAGAUGAUCUUAUUGAAAAAGAACGAAUUAAACAACGUGAAUUAUUAUUACGUCAAGAAUAUGAACAAUUACAAUUAAUUAAUAAACAAGAUCAAUAUAAUAUUCAACAAUUAAGAAAUUCUAUUAAUGAAGAUCAACAAAUAUUAGAAAAAUUACAACAAGAAUAUUCAGAAUUAUUACAAAUUAAAGAUGAUGAAAAAAUUCAAUUGGAAUUAGAAUUAAAUACUUAUAAAUCAGAAAUAAAACGUUUAUAUUCACAUUUUAAUAUAAAUAUCGAUUCAAUUGAACAAUUAAUACCAAUUUUAGAACAUCGAUUAUUACAGGUUCCUCCUAUUUCAUCAACAUCGGAAUUCAAUAAUGAAUAUGAUCAACUUCAAAAAGAUUUUGAAAACUUGAGUAUUCAAUAUAAACAAUUAGAUGAAGCUAAUCGAUCAUGGCAAAAAAAUCAAUUAAGAAUAUUACAUGAUCGAUUUAAAUUAGAUAAUAAUUUAUCUUUUGAUGAUACUAUACAACAAAUUGAAAAUCGUUUCAAUGAUUUACAAAAUCAAUAUGAUAUACUAUUCAAUCAAGUCAUUGAAUUACAAGAAAUAAGUACAAAGCAAACCGGUGAUAAUAAUAAUAUAAAAAUAGUUGAAAAUCAACGUGAUGAUGAACUUCAACAAUUAAAAGAACAUAUUGCAAUAUUAACAACUCAAUGUGCUCAAUUCGAUGAAGCUAAUCGUGCAUGGCAACAAUUUCAACAAGCUCAACUUGAUAAUUUUAGAAAUAAAUUUAAACAUAUCUUACUCAUUGAUAAUAACUCAUCUAUUGAUCAAAUAGCACAAUUACUUGUUGAUUAUCUAAAUCACUUAGUCAAUCAACGUCAAUCUUCUGAUUUUGAUAAAAAACACGAUAAACAUGUCGAACUUUUAUCAUCCGAUUCAGCAAAACAAACGCAUAUAAAACCAUCUGAAGAAGGAUCUAUUCAUAGUCUUAUAUCGGUUCAAUCAGCAUCUUCGUUUACCGAUAACAAAGAUGAAGAACUUUAUCCACUUCGAGAAAAUAUCGCAACUCUAACUAAUCAAUGUGUUGAACUUGAUAAUUUUAGAAAUAAACUUCAUGAUUAUGUUACAUUAGAUAAAAAUAUUUCCUUGGAUCAAACAGCUCAAAUUAUUAUUGAUCAAAUUAUUAAAGAUCGAGAAGAUUUUAAUCAACAAUAUGAAAUAUUACAAAAAACAAAUGAUGAACUUCGAUCAGAAUCAGAAAAUAAUUUNAGGGGCGCGGGUCGUUCUUCAAUAAUUGAAGAUGAACAUAUCAGUAAGCAAGAACUUGAACAUUGUCAAUCAAAAGAAUCAGAUGAUAAUGAAUGUAAUACUUGGUUUGAUGCUUCACCUAAUAUUAUGGAUAAAGAUGAAAUAGAACAACAACAAUUUCAUGAUGUUGAUAUUCAAUGUGAAUUAAUAAGUUCAACAUUAUCUGAACAAUUAACUAAUGAUAUGAAUAUUCAAACUGAAAUUGAUUCUGAUAUUCAACAAAUAAAAAAUAAAAUUCAACAAAUUAUUCUUGAAUAUCCAAAUUUAAUUUCAAUAUCAAAUGAAAAUAUAUUUGAAAACCUUGACAAAAUAAUGUCAUUUAUUAAUAGCCUUCAAAAUGAGAUAAAAGAAAUAGAAAGUUCAUUUGAAACAUAUCGUAAUCAAAUUGAAAACGAACGUUUAGCUAAAAUGGAAGAAUUAAAAUCUCAUGAGACAAAUCAUGCUUGUACUCAAACACUUGGUUUAUCAAUUGUUGAAGAACAUCAGAAAAAAAUUGAAAAACUUCAAGAAACUGAAUUAGUUUAUCAGCAUGAAAUCGAACGUUUAAUUGAAGAAAGAGAUCAAGCACAAGAUUUAUUAUCUCAAUGGAAAAAAGACGAAACUAAAAAAAUGAAUGAUUUUGAAGCAUCUUAUGAAUUAAAAAUUCGAGAACGAGAUGAACAAUUAACUCAACUACAUGAACAAUUACAACAACUAGAGAAUAGUUCAUCAUUACCAGUGAAUAGUGUGCCAUCACAAACGAGUUUUGAUCUUGAUAGUUCUACUGAUUCACGAAUAAGUGAAUAUCAAUCUCAAAUAGAUAAUCUUCUUCGUGAACGUAUAACUUUAAUGGAACAAAUCAAAGAAAAAACUUUUCAACCAUUAAAAGCAAAUGUUGACACUCAAACAAUCAAGGACACUGAUUCGUAG